AUGGAGUCAAGCGAUCAACUUUCACUGAAAGACGUACCCUUUACAGCGACGUUAUCAGAGAGACGCGUUGUUAUCACAGCACUACAUAUUGAUGACGCCUUUCUGUUGGUCGCUUCUGCGAGUGGAUGCGUCUAUAGAGUUGACCUAGUGACGGAGUCUGUCGAAGUCCUCGCGCAAGUGAAAGACAUUUGGUGUCUUGCUUGUCUGGACAGCAGCGUCAUCUUUGGCAGCCUGAACGGCGAAAUCCAUGUUCUUGACCUAAACAAUCGAGCAAACCUGAAUUCGGUUCGAGCGCACGAUUUGGCUGUACGCUGUCUUGCCGUUCUCGAAAGCGGCGUUGUUGUUUCUGGCUCCCGAGACACUACUAUUAGACUCUGGAGGCUCGAAUCUGGCAAAAUCGAGCCACGCAACAUUCUCCGUGGACAUACUGCCGAAGUGCGAGAUGUCCAAGUCCAUGGCGACGUGAUUGUAUCCGGCAGUUAUGAUGCAGAUGCUCGGGUAUGGAGUGCACAGACAGGAGAGUGCUUGCACGUUCUUCGCGGUCAUAGACGUCAUGUCCAUGGCCUGGCAUUUGACGGGAAGAGAGUUGCCACCAGCAGCACCGACGGUGACAUUCGCGUGUGGGACUCGGAGACUGGAAGCUGUACGGCCAUAUUCGUGGGCCACGGAAGCAAAGCUAAAAACGUAUCGCAUCUCCGUUUAGUUGGAGAUACCCUCAUCUCAGAAGGGUCGGAUGGGUCUGUUAGAGCGUGGGCCUUGUCCCCGAUGGACGGCAUCGCGAGGGAGCUGGCAAGCUCUGAUGGCAAUGGCACUGCUAUCAGUGCAAUAGAAGUUCAGGGGCGAUAUGUCAUUGCCGGCACCACAGCAGGAUCUGUUAAGAUCAUCGACCGUCAGUCCUUUGAGAUGCUGCAUUCAUGGACAGACGGGACUUGUGGCAUUGCCGUAUUUCAGGUCGGCUUUACCCUUGAGCACUGUCCAUUUGUGGUUUACUUGAAGGACGAGUCUGUUUUGGUCACUGUGUUCUAG